UGAAAGCCGUUUGACUUCCAGAGCAGCACGCCAAGCCCACCUCGUUGCCCAAACUACUGUGUGAAUGCUCUGCCCAACACAGGCAGCUUGCCCUGCUCCAGUCAUUGAGAUCCGAGAUCCGUUCCGCAAAUGAACCGCUGCCUCGCUGAACCUACCUGGGAGUGCCCGUCUUUUAUCAGCCACAUCGAAUCACCUUGUGGGGUGUAUGUUGUUGGGAACAAGACAAUCUAACACCGCAAAGAAUCUCAUCAUACUGAAGUAUAGAUAGGGCUCGAUAAUUACCAAUCGAGGACUGACAGAACUUGGAACGGUACGCUUUAAUAGAAUUCAUGAUCUGGAAGUAGGACAUAAUUGCAGCAACAACACGGUUAAACAGUGAACAUAGUUUAAAUCGGACUAUUCUUGGGAUUUUAUUGAAACUGAGAUCCUUUUGUAGGAAAAUAGAGGGGUUGAUGUUAAAUCAGCAUUUACAUUUUUAUUCAAAAGGCGUUAACGUAUUGGUGGACUCACAUAGUAAGGGAAUACAGCGAGAUUGCAAUUUAUGUUUUGGGCUCGAAUAUACAUUUUGAAACAGCCUAAUUUGGAUAUUGUACAUGUGUGGUUUGGGGUACAUAUUCCCAAAGAUAAACUGAAAAUGCAGUUUCGAAGUGUUUUGGACGCACAAGUUGUGGAUGUGGAGAAGAGAAGAAACCCGUCCAAACAUUACGUCUACGUCAUCAACGUGACAUAUUCAGAUUCAACCUCCCAUGCCAUCUACAGGAGAUACAGCACAUUUUUUGACCUCCAGAUGCAGAUCCUGGAUAAGUUUCCGAUUGAGGGAGGUCAGAAGGACCCGAAGCAGCGCAUUAUUCCUUUUCUGCCAGGUAAAAUUCUGUUCCGGCGAAGCCAUGUCAGAGAUGUUGCCAUAAAGAGGCUGAAGCCAAUUGAUGAAUACUGUAGGUCACUGGUGCGGCUCCCACCCCUCAUCUCCCAGAGCGAGUACGUGCUGCGAUUCUUCGAGACCCGGCCCGAUGACCUCAACCCCCCAAAAGAGGACUAUGGCACCUCCAAACGGAAGUCAGUAUGGAUGUACAGGCUGUCAGAGAGUCCGAAGAAAGGGGUCCCAGGAGCCGACAACUCUGAUCCCAUGGUGCUGGAGCAGUAUGUGGUGGUGGCCAACUACGAGAAACAAGAGAAUUCUGAGAUCAGCCUGCAAGCAGGGGAAGUGGUGGACGUGAUUGAGAAGAGCGAGAGUGGCUGGUGGUUUGUAAGCACAGCUGAGGAGCAGGGCUGGGUCCCGGCCACAUACCUGGAUUCCCAGAAUGGAACUCGAGAUGACCUGGAGCUCAGUACUGCCAGGAGUGGAGAAGUCACUAAGAGACGCAAGGCUCACCAGAAGCGCCUGGACCGGCGAUGGACGCUGGGCGGGAUAGUCAACCGACAGCAGAGUCGAGAGGAGAAAUAUAUCACGGUGCUGCCGUACGCCAGUCAGAGCAAGGACGAGAUCGGAUUUGAGAAAGGUGUCAUUGUGGAGGUCAUCCAGAGGAACCUGGAAGGGUGGUGGUAUAUCAGGCACCUUGGCAAAGAAGGCUGGGCUCCCGCAUCAUACCUGAAGAAGAUGAAGGAUGAGCUUUCCCCCCGGAAGAAGACUCUGACUGGCCCUGUGGAGAUCAUCGGGAACAUCAUGGAGAUCAGCAACCUCCUGAACAAGAAGCAGGUGAGCGAGAAGGAUGUGCAGACAGACACCGACCCGGAGGAGCCCCCAAUCACCAAGAAGGAGAUCAGCCUCCCCAUCCCCUGCGAGGACACCAGCAGCAGCAUCGCCGCCCUGCAGGACAAACAGGGCAGCAAGGCGACCCAGGGAUCCCCAGCUGUGGCCCGCAUCGCUCCUCAAAGAGCCGAGAUCGGUUCACCAAACCUAAGACAGAAGCCCCCACCAAGAAGAGAAGCCAGUCUGGGAUUCCAAUUACCAAAGCCACCAGAGCCCCCUACUGUUGAAGUAGAGUAUUACACCAUAGCCGAGUUUCAGUCCUGUAUAUCUGAUGGAAUCAGCUUCCGUGGAGGACAGAAGGCUGCAGUUAUAGAGAAGAACUCGGGCGGCUGGUGGUAUGUUCAGAUUGGGGAAAAGGAAGGCUGGGCGCCCUGUUCCUACAUCGACAAAAGAAAGAAACCCAAUCUGAACAGGAGAACCAGCACUCUGACUAGGCCAACGAUCCCUCCCCCAGCUCCACCAAUCAAAAAGCAGGAACCUGAGGAAACCGCCCCUUCCAGCAGGAACUCGCAAGGCAAGGCCCUGGAUCCCCCACAAAAGCCUGUAUACGAGGAACCAGAGUACGACAUCCCUGCCAUUGGUUGUGAUCUAGAACCUGAGCUCAGCUCUUUAAAGGGUGAUAAGCCAGCCGAGGUAAAGAAUGAAAAUGUGAUCUCUGAGAAGAGUUCCCUUCUGUCAUCCAAGCCCAGUCCUGCUUCCUCUCUUCAGAAAGCCAGAUUUAAGGUCGGCGAGUCCUAUGAGGAUGUUGCUCAGGAGGAGGAGACUAUCUACGAGAAUGAUGGCUUUAGACCUUACGAAGACACAGCCUCCAGCAAAGAAUCCAGCGGGGAUUCGGAUUCUCAGAAAAGCAACUCGCUGUCCAUGCUCCGCAAGGCCUCCUCCAGCAGAUCUUCACUUGGAAGCGGAAGAGCUGCGAAAAACAUCCAGCCAGAGCUAGCAAGAAGCCAGUCGCUUCCCAAACAUGAGGAGAGCAAGCCUCGAACGGCUUCAGAUGCCAGCACUCGUGGAGCAGUGAAGAUCGGGGCAUGGAAGGACGUGGAACAGAGGAUUGGUCAGAGCCCUUCCACCAAACCCAAGCCGCUGGUCAGGCCCAAACCCCUGCUUGCCAAAUCGGAGAGUCAGGGCUCAGAGAAAAUGGAUAUUAGCACCCUGAGGCGUCAGCUGCGCUGUACGGGGCAGCUCCAGCUCAAAGCAUCUAAAGGUGAGGAUUCAGAAACUGCAUCAGUGAUCUCCUCAGAAGACUCUGUAUCUUCUAGAAGCACUUCUGACCUGUCAAGCACCUAUUCCAAAGGAAGCAGAGGUGACUCAGAUUUUGAGCCCAUAUACAGAACCACUGACAGCUACGACAAGGUGCAAGAGUCUGAAAUAAGCUUUGCUGCAGGAGUGGAGGUGGAAGUUGUGGACAAGCAGGAAAGUGGGUGGUGGUACAUCCGGUGUGGAGAAGCUGAAGGAUGGGCUCCCGCAUACUUCUUGGAGCCUGUGAACAACAAGGUAGAUGCCGCAGGGUCAGAGUCUGAAGGGACCCCUACCAAACAGGGUAGCAUAAGUAAGUCCAACAGCCUGGAGAAAAACGAGAAGAGGGUUCAGGUCUUGAACAACAUCAAUCAAAGCAUGAAGAAGGCCACCCCACCCAUUCCAUCCAAACCACCAGGAGGUUUUUCCAAACCAACAGGCAUGGUGAAUGGUUCGGUCAAAAUGAGAAACGGGGUUCGUCAGUUGGCAGUGAGGCCUCAAUCAGUGUUUGUUUCCGCUCCUGCCAAGGAAACCAACCUCCUUUCGUGGUCCCUGCGGAGAAACGAGUCCCUGAACUCCACCGACCAACUCAGGUCUGGCGUGCCAGUCAGACGGAACUCCUCCUUCAGUGCCAUAAAGCAAACCGACAAGGUGGGCACAGGCAGCACUGAUGCCUUGGAAAGAGCCUCUAAGCGAAAUGGGAUCCCGGUAUCCUCUGUCAAACCCAAGCCUGUUGAGAAGUGCCAGCUCAUACAGAACAAUCUCAAAGAUGUUUACGUUUCUAUAUCCGAUUACCACGGAGAUGAGGAGACUAUGGGAUUCCCAGAAGGGACAUGCUUGGAAGUUCUUGAACGGAAUCCCAACGGAUGGUGGUACUGCCAGGUUCUGGACAGUGGUGGACAUCCCCAGAAAGGUUGGGUGCCUUCCAAUUAUUUAGAAAAAAAGAACUAAUAGUGUAUCUAUUUAUACAUAACAUGUACAUUUUUUAAAAGACAUUGGACUACACUACAUAGUAUAAGAAAAAAGACACUUUUAGUGCUGGUUUACUAAAAAAACAAUGUAUACAUUAAAACUGUAUAAAUAGUCAGUCAUAUAUUAUAAAUAAAAAAGGAUGGCAAGCAGGCUAAGGGGUGGCCACCCCAUUGUCUCAAACUGGGACUAGCGGAAUGGAAACCUGCUUGGAAGUCCUUUUUGAUUUUGAUAAAGGAAAGGAAAAAUAAUUGCAUCAUGAAAGAGGGAAAAAAUGAAUAACAUUUUGGAGGAGUUUAUGAAAUCUUCCAACCUUGUUCACAAAACGAAUUCGGAUAUGAAAAUGUGUGCCUUUUCUGGAAAAGAAAAAAGCUGAGAGCUUUACACAUAUAUACUGAGUAAUGUUUUUGUAUUUGUGCCAAAGGCCUUUGUGUGUUGAACACCGCACAAUUUCUUUUUCGCCUCCCUCGUAUCAAGAAAAUAAUAUAAUCUCUUAACAAGAGGAAAUGAGUUUAGAAGCGAAAACAUCCAAGUAAAGAAAAUGUCAGACCUACGCGCUGAGGACAAAAAGGGUAAACACGGCACAGUGGAAGCCAGGACACUCAGCUCCCUUGAGACAUCUUGUAUUUUAAACUUUUGUUUGUAUCUUUCUUGACUUCCUUGGAGAUGUAUUUCUGAUCUAGUCUUGUGACACCACACAGCACUAUCAGCCUGUAAUUUGAAGUCAUUAGCCCUCUGGCAGGUUUGUGCUUUGAUGAAUUGGUAAAUACUUUAAUUGGCUCAGGUUUCGAAUGUUAAGCCCUUUUUUCCAGUGCAAAUGUAUGCAUUUCUUUUUACUUGACUUUCAAUUAUUUGAAUGGCAUUAAUCUAUUCCCAGUUGCAACUGAAUGUGUUAUUUUUUAAAAAGGGAAUAUUUUAAAAAGCAAAUUGCUGAAUCUGUUUUUUAAAAAAAGGAUAAAGGAUUAAUACAUUUAAUAAAAAGGAUUUAUUAAAUGUAUUAAUUUUUGCAAAUCGUUUUAAAUGUUAUUCACGUUUCCCUCCAAUGCCUUUUAUUUUUUAACAGACAUCGAGUUCUACCCAGGUCUGAGUACUCGUACUUAUAUCAUGUAAACAAAAUCCUGAUUUUGUUUACAAGAUAUAAAAGACUGUUAUUAUUUUUUUACUAGUAAUUCCAGAAUAAAUACUUUGUAUAUAUUGAUUUUUUAUGUGUUCUCCUCACAUGUAACUGGGAAUGGGAACAGUAAAUUGUACUGGAAAAAAGACUUGACAACAACCACCAUAACCCAGGGAUUCUGCGUUGCAUUAAACCCCAAAAUGUGAUUCAACCAAAGAUGUAAUUUCAAUUUUGCAGCUUUGAAUUGGCAAACAUCAAAUACUGAUAAACACCCAUUUGGGUACAAAAAUACAAACAAAAAACCCUUCUAAUGUUUACAGCUAGAAACACUUGUUUUCUAUUUGAGCACAUAUUGCGAGACAGGGUUAGAUUCAAGUCUAUUCAAGUUUUUGAGCAAUAAAUACUGUUGUGUGCAGCGUUAAGGUGAGGUAUCUGGAACGCCCAAAGUAUGAAGUAUUUGUGGCACAAUGACAAUAAUUUAGGAGUCAUGCAUAUUCUUUAUCAGGUCCCACCCUUAUUUGUGAGAUGAAAACAAAUCCAGGAGACCCCAGUAGAUGCUGGUUUAAACUGGACAUAUACUGGUAUCAACUGGAGUACUGCUGGUUUCACUGGUGUUUCUACAGAAUCUCAUUGAAAGCCAGCAGAUAGAGAGCUCACAUACAGGGUUACUUUCCUUUCUAUCAGUGAUGUGCCUUUUGCUGAGGUACAAAACCCCGCUGACUACUUCAAAUGGCUGAUGUCCAAGACUGCUGAAAUAUUUUUCUAAUGAACGAGCUCAAAAACCGGGUUGAACACUAACUUUGUUUGUUUGUAUGUGUUCUGCUGGACAGUAUUAAAUGUAGUUUUAGAUAGAAUACCUGCUAGAUUGCAGUUAUAUUAUAUUGGCAGAAAGUAGUUUGUAGUGUGAUUACACAGGAACAAUAAUGAUGAAUGAAGUGGUUCUUUAUUUGUGAAUUAAUGCACUUUAAAAACUUUUUUUGUUUAAAUCAAGUGCAUUACUUAAAGAUGCAGUAUAAUAUUUUCUAAAUAAAACCUUCAGCACAUUAUUUAUUGAAUGACAAUUCAUCUUUUAUUUAUAAUUAUUUAAAUAAAUGUAUUUUUGUUUACUUGUUACAUAUUUUUUUAGCACUAUCCGUCACAAGAGUAUUGUGCGUUCUUGUAGAGCAUUAGUAAGUAGGAGUUUUCAUUAGGGCUCAGAUAUAAUGUCAUGCAUUUAAUAUAUAUAUAUAUAUAUAUAUACACACACACACACACACACACACACACACACACACACACACACACACACACACACACACACACACACACACCGGUAUAUAUAUAUCUCCAAUCUCGCUGAAAUAACAUUCUGAGCGCCCUCUUGUGGUGGACAGCUGUUCCUGCAGCUUUUACAUCAUGGUGCUUCUAUUACUGAAGACAAGACAAAACAAAACAAAAUUCCCUGUACAUAAAUUGAAUAUAACACUUUUAAAAAAGCAAUUCAUAUAGAAGUUUUACAAAUUUGGCAACCACAUUUUUUGUUAAACGACUGUUCUGACGCUGUAUACUGCAACUUUAACAAUACUGGGCACUUCCUAUGUCAUUAUUGGGAUUUAUAUAAUGCUUGAAAUAUGUUUUCUUUUUUUUUUUUUUUUUUUUUUAGGAACAAAACAACCCCCUUUACAUUAAUUUGGUAUUUUGACAUUUUAGACAAUACUUUUUAGAUUUAUACAUUACAAAUAAUGUUCUCAACCUCAAAUUAAUUGAAAAAGAAGCCCUUUAUUGUUGUUUCUUAUCGGAACUUAUGCACGUUUUUAGCUGGGAAAAAGCAUUUAGAAAAACCACAAAAAAAGAGAGCUGUGAAGCACUAUUUAUAUUGGUUUGUUACAGCUAAUCCUCGAUGUGUAAUUCAAAUUGACUACAUGCUGCCUCACACUUCGAUUCAUUCCUGAAAUGCUUUUUUGUUCUUGUUAAAGCAGUUAUUGAAUCAAGCCCCCUGUCUAUAUGACACAGAGUACAAGAGGAGUUCAAAAAUAUGCAAAAAAAAGGGGUGUAAAACUUUGUUCCUUCACCUAUACCCUUUCCCCAUGUUCUGACGAAGGCAUUAUAUAAAAAGUGUUGAAUCACUCUUUUACUUUUUAGUACAGCAAAUAUUAAUGGGAAUUAAAUUGCUUUUGUUGAUAUUUAGAAUUUACACUGCUUGUAUGCAUCGAUAAGAACACAAGGGAAUUGUAAUACUACAGUCAUACUAGACUUUUUCGUACUAGAUAGUUUUUUUUUUUUUUUUUUUUUUUUAUAUAUUCAUAUUCCCCCUGUUGCAUUAUCUCAGUAAUUAUGUUAUUUGGUUUGCAUGCUCCAAAAAAAUAAUAAUGAGGACAUGUGCAAUAGAGAGUUGGCUUCUCACCACAAACACCAGCACUGGUUUCUGGAAAGGGAGCUUAAUGAACUGUUUGGCACGAGUACAGUGAAGUGUUUUUCUCUCUUUGAAAUCCAGAGAAAAGCUGCUCUGAACACUGGUUUUGAUGAUAUCAUCUAUGUGCCGUUAACCUAAAGUAUUUUAUGAGAUACUUACAAUGUGUCUUAACUGAAGCAGGUACUGCCAGUGCCCAAAGCAUGUCCAAUACUUACAAUGUGUCUGAACUGAAGCAGGUAUCACCAGUGCCCAAAGCACGUCCAAUACUUAGAAUGUGUCUGAACUGAAGCAGGUAUCAUCAGUGCCCAAAGCACGUCCAAUACUUAGAAUGUGUCUGAACUGAAGCAGGUAUCACCAGUGCCCAAAGCACGUCCAAUACUUAGAAUGUGUCUGAACUGAAGCAGGUAUCACCAGUGCCCAAAGCACGUCCAAUACUUACAAUGUGUCUGAACUGAAGCAGGUAACGCCAGUGCCCUAAGCACGUCCAAAUAUUCUACUCAGCAAAACAUUUGAUUCAUUUAGAGUGAAAUGCAACAGCCCUUCUUGUUUUUGGAAUGCCUCAGGUUUUUUAAAACCUGGGCAUUCAACAAGUAUAUUUCCAGCCUUCUUUAUCUAUACAAAAUGCACAAAACAAAUACAGCUGUAUCUCUAAAUAGGCUCUUAUUGCUUGUGUCACAGACCCACGGCGAGCACUUAUCCUGCACUACAUUGUGUAACAUGACGUAGUCCAGGAUCAGUGCUUAUCGGGUCUGUGACACAAGCAAUAAAAGCGUAUUUAGUGAUACUGAUACGUAGCGUUUUGUUUGCAAUGUUAAAGGCAUGGAGGUGAUAUUCUCAGUGCAUCAGAAGAACAUUAAAUGCAGCGCAGUCCUAUGCAUUUAAAAGUGUGCUAAUACUUCAAACAAAAAACAUGCAAAACUACAAGCAAAUGUUAAAUCUCGAUCAUGCAACAACUGUGGGUCCUUGCCCUUGGUUGAAAAACCAAGUAUAGCUUACAAUCAAUAGCCAGCUCAUGUGCACUGUGCUGAAGGCACGCCAGUGCUAGACUGUGGUGAGAGCCCCCUGCUGUUUGAUUAAAUAUCUGCUUUCUUGGCAUCACAGUGGCACUGGGUAGACCUUAAUUGACUAAAGUGAAGCCUUAGCAGCUGAGAGGCAAUGGUUUCAUUCACCAUUGUCCUGAAAGUACACAGCAGGCCAGCUCUGAAAUUGGUUUAACACACAGUAAUGUAAAGACCUGCCAGAACAGCAUUGUCAAAAAGCAACAUGAAUUACAAAAAGAGGAAAUCAGCAUACAGUUAUAAUGCUUCUGCACAUGGAAUCUAGAAAUGUAUACUAUUAGGAGUUUAGAUUAACCUUUACAAUAUAAAUGCAGAUAUGUUUUAUACUGUAUCAAAUUCAGUAAUUUAAUUUAGUAGCCUAGAGAAUGUUUGUCCGUUAGCAGUUGUAAAUUGCUCUUAGAUUUUUUUUGGAGCGUGCACAUUUUGCCUUAGUUAGAUGUCUUGAGUUCAGCAUACAUUACAAUCCCUGAACGUCUGCCAUUGAUGACAUUACACUACUGCAGGCAUAAUUGCCAUGUUGUUUUGAAAUACCAUUUCAGCAAGAAUCCACAGUGAAAUGAACCGAGACUUUGAACUGAUUGGCCUGAUAGAGUAUCAGUGGCUGUGCAAGAGACAAGGGUCUGAGAGUGUGUUGUGGUGGUUCGUGAGUUGGUUAUAAAUGAGAAAGGAGAAGUUAAAAAGAAGCGUUUGAAUAAAGGGGAAAUAAAGUUUUUGUCCUCUGUUGGGUGUGAGGGCUCUUAGCAGGGAUUUGCCUGGCUGAAGAGAGCUUAGCAAGUGCAAAGGAUGAGAUCGCUUUAAGAGGGACGCUGUGCGUCUGAAGGGUUAGCAGUGUUCGCACUUGCCUCCAGAAAUGUCGUGUGAGAGAUAGCAGGAUGUGUGUCUGUGUGUGCGAGCAGUGGAAGACUGAAGGGGGGGUUGCAGGUUUUUAAUUUUUGUUGAAGGAAAAAAGUACAUUUUAGAAAGAAUUGAGAAAGAGAAAAAAGAAUGUUUAAAAGAAUACUGGCCUUGGAUUUAAAACAAUGUGGUUGAAUAGUGUUUAAUGCUGAAUAAUGGUUAGUCAAGAGGAACAUGUUAGCGUGACACACACAGGACCUUUCACUGAGUAAACUGGUACACGCAUGCCAUUGGCAGACGGCUCUAGACAUCUUAUUAAAAUGAGACAAUCACACCAAUAAUUCACUUGGCUAGCUAUUUCAAGGGUUAACUGCUUGUCAUUUUGAUGCUGUAGAUAGUUUCCCAGUUUGGCAAUACAAAGGUACUACGCAUUUUAUAAUAGACGCUGUGCUCCUUACACAAAAUAGACGACUCCUAGAUAAUAUCUGCUUAAAAAAAGAAGUACACGUCGAGCACAUCAGGUAUCCUCAUACAGGAAGUGCUAUAUUCUGUUCCAUUGUAGGCAUUGCACCUUACUCUGCUAUACUGCAGGAUCUGGAAACCAUUCCGUCUCAAUGUUGAUAAACAGAGGCCUCUACCUGUAAGCCUUCUGCUCCCAGUCAGUCAGCUCUGUAAGGUCAAGCGUAACUCAAGUCGGACCAAAUGUGCCGCUAACGAUCUUAUUUGUAUGAAAAUAAACUAUUUAACUUCCUGUCUAUGCUUAUGCAACUGUGCUUUUAAAAGAUGCGGCUCCUGAUGGCAAAACAACAGAAAGAAAGGAAAUUGAUGCUGGUUUUAGUUGGUGAGGAUAUACGGAGGACCAGGCAGAGAAGUUUAAAGUGUCAGGGCAACUUUGUAAUCUUCCGAAAAACAAUUUUUAUGAUAUAUUGAUUGCUUAAGUAAAAAACAAUGAUGACUGCAUCGCGAGGGAUUCUAUAAUAAAUGUUCUUUUUCACAGUAGUAUACUGAAGCAGUUUCAGAACUGUAACCUGCUCUGUGCAUUGGACAGCUUGAUUCAUGUUUUCAUUUGAUAACAGGACACUGCAUAUUUGAAUUGCUUAUAUACUUUUAACAUUUUUGUUUUGUUAUGUUUUGAAUUCUUUUUAUAUGUUGCUAAAUGUUUACAUUGUAUCUUGCAUUGCCCUAAAGAAAACCACAAUAAAAUGUAUACUAUUUGUA